AUGUCGAUGGAUCUCCGACUCUCUCUCUUCUCCCUCGCCCUCGUCUCCACCGCUUUCUCGCCGUGCACGUCCUUCCCCUCGCCACAAUCGAGCCCUGCUCCAUCGCCUUCUCCUUCAGCUUCUGGUCAAGGACAGCUGGAAAACUCCGGCGUCCACGCCUCGUCUAGCCCGAGCCCACGUCCCCUCGCCCCUGGCCUGUUUGUUCUUGGCGACUCCUCCGUCGACUGCGGCACCAACAAUUUCCUUGGGACGCUGGCGAGGGCGGACCGCCUUCCUUACGGCAGAGACUUCGACACCCACCAGCCCACUGGCAGGUUCUGCAAUGGACGAAUCCCGGUCGACUACCUCGCUCUGUAUCUCGGUCUUCCAUUUGUUCCGAGUUAUCUUGGACAGCAAGGACGGGUGGAAGAUAUGAUUCAUGGAGUGAACUAUGCAUCUGCUGGUGCCGGAUUAAUCUUCUCGAGCGGAUCGGAGAUGGGUCAACAUGUCUCCUUCACUCAGCAAGUCCAGCAAUUCGCAGACACAUGCCAGCAGUUCAUUUUGAAUAUGGGAGAGGACGCUGCGGCUGAUCUCAUCUCAAGCUCAGUGAUUUAUAUCUCGAUCGGAAUCAACGACUACAUACAUUACUACUUGCCUAAUGUGUCCGGUGUGCAGAGCCUGUACUUACCGUGGAGUUUCAACCAUUUUUUGGCAUCAUCGCUAAGGCAGGAAAUUAAGAACUUGUACAACAUGUAUGCUAGGAAGGUUGUGGUGAUGGGAUUGCCGCCUAUCGGUUGCGCUCCUCACUAUCUGUGGCAGUACAAGAGCAAAAACGGGGAGUGUGUGGACGUGAUCAAUGACACAAUCAUGGAGUUCAAUUUCGCCAUGAGAUUCGUGGUCGAAGGGCUAGGUCUGGAACUCCCAGGCGCGAGCAUCACCUUCUGCGAUGUGUUUCAAGGUUCCAUGGACAUACUGAAGAAUCACGAGCAUUAUGGUUUCAAUUUUACUACUGAUGCAUGCUGCGGGCUAGGCAAGUACAGAGGCUGGAUCAUGUGUUUGUCAUCCGAGAUGGCGUGUGAAAAUGCUUCUAGGCAUAUUUGGUGGGACCAGUUCCAUCCAACGGCAGCGGUGAAUGCAAUUUUAGCGGACAACGUGUGGAACGGCCUGCACUCGAGGAUGUGCUAUCCAAUGAAUUUGGAAGAGAUGGUGGUUCAUAGGGCCAAAUGGUUAGUAUAG